AUGGGGAACUCGUUCACAUGCAUCUCUCACGAGGAGGAACAACGUCCCAAGAAAUCUUCCGGCGGCCGCGGCAAAGGAGGAGGAAGUAACUCCGGGAAAUACAUACGUCGCCUGUCUCUGAUCCCUUCAUUUAGAAAGCGGACGCUACUUCCUUCGCUCUCCUGCUCUGGCUCGUCCUCCACUUCUUCCUCCAAGAAAGGUGGGAUCAAAGCAAAGAAGAAGAUAAGAGAGAGACUUCAUCAAGACCACCAUGGACACGACAAAGACUCUCAUAUUAUUCAAGAGCAAACACUUGCAGCCACUAAUCUUCUCUUCAACCAAACCCCUCGCAGUAGCAACUCUGUCGUUCCUCCUAAUUUCAGACGCUCCACCUCCGUCGUCUAUCCCUCGACUCAGCCAGCCAGCUCAGGCGGCGGCUCAGGACCUGCUUCAGCCGUUCAGACUCCCAAGAAGUCAACUGGUGGAUUCGAGAUGAAGAAAGUGGAAGGUUCAGAGACAAAGCGGUUCGUGCUGGUUCAUGGUGGAGGAUUCGGGGCUUGGUGUUGGUACAAAACCAUAACUCUCUUAGAGAAACAUGGUUUCCAAGUCGAUGCCGUUGACUUGACCGGUUCAGGUGUUAGCUCUAUUGACACCAACAACAUCACCAGCCUCGCUCACUACUCCAAGCCUCUCCUCCACUUCUUUGAAUCCCUCAAAGCCAACGAGAAGGUGAUUUUGGUGGGGCAUGAUUUUGGAGGGGCUUGCAUGUCUUAUGCCAUGGAGAUGUUUCCUACUAAAAUCUCCAAAGCUGUCUUUAUCUCUGCUGCUAUGUUGGCUAAUGGUCAAAGCACUCUUGAUCUCUUUAACCAACAGCUGGGGUCAAAUGAUCUGAUGCAACAAGCUCAGAUCUUUCUGUACGCCAACGGCAAAAAGAAUCCUCCAACUGCCGUUGAUUUUGACAGAUCUUUGCUUAGAGAUUUUCUCUUCAAUCAGAGCCCUCCUAAGGACCUCGCACUGGCCUCUGUAUCCAUGAGACCGAUCCCGUUCGCACCGGUCGGUGAAAAACUUCACGUGUCGGAGAAAAACUACGGCUCUAUUCGACGGUUCUAUAUCAAAACCAUGGAGGAUUACGCCGUACCGGUUCCUCUUCAAGAGGCGAUGAUCAAAUCGAACCCACCUGAACAAGUUUUCGAGGUCAAAGGAUCCGAUCACGCACCAUUCUUCUCUCGGCCUCAGUCAUUGAACCGAAUCCUCGUCGAGAUAUCUCAAAUACCGUCCAGGAAAUCGUGA